GUUCUGAAGGAUCACAUGACGGAUGAGUGUGAAACUACAACACAACAGCAGAAAUGACACUUAUUCAUUCCGCUUUUGUGUCCAGAGUUUAAAAGAUGUCGAUGUUUAAAGUGAGUUUAAUCUGCUCGCUGUUGCUGGUUGUGUUUGGAGCUGCGCGGGGAUUUCUGGGAAGAGGUGAUGCUUUUCGACGGAAGGUGUCUGUGGAGCUGAAUCCUGGUCUUGCGCCUCCUCUUUCUCUUCCUCCUGGGGUGGGUCUGGUUCACCUGCGGGGUCUGGGGGACAACGACACGCUUCACUUCGUGCUGUGUAACGCUGGAGCCCCAGCGCUGCUGCUGGUGCACAGUAACAGCACUCGCUCUGCAGUGACGGUGGACUGGCCGGAGUUCAUCAACAGCAGUUCAGCAGGCAGCCUGAGGGUGGAGCCGGAGAGCAGCGUCACGUACAGCAGCGCACUGGUGUUCACACGGCUGUGGGAAUAUGAUGAUGUCAAUAACACCGCAGACCCACAGAAAGCAGCAGAGUCCAGCUUUUAUCCUCCAUACGAGCUGCAGAACUUCGUCUGGUCUGAGCUGAACACCACCCUUAACCAGUCGGAGCACACAGUGGUGCUGUGCGGAGGAGAGAAAACCCAGAGCUUCAGCAACGGCUCCCUCUGUCUGCAGGUGUCGGUGUUUGAGUCUCAGGGUCGUGAUGAAGCCUGGCCGAGUCUCCUUCAUAACGCCAACUCCUCGCAGCUCCGCGUGUGGAUAAACGGAGUGACGCCGCGAGGAAAUAACUCUAGAUUCAUUCUGGAGUUUCAGUCUGUUGGAGACGCUGGGUUCCAGAGCCGAGUGGACAUGCGCAGCUCCAUAGACGACGAGUACACACCCUCCAUAUUUAAGGUGUCGGAGUGGGUGUCGUCUCCUGUAAACUCCAGCAGUGUGUGGGGUUUCAGUCAGUGGAAGCCGGUGGCGUACCGUAAAGCUCGUCCCGUGUUCGAGGACGCCACCGCCUGCAGACACUCAGAGCUGGUGUUUGUGAACGGCACACCUCCAUCUGCUGUGAUUCAGGCUUAUUUCACACACAACACUCGGAUCUACGGCCUCAACAUCAGCUUCGGCCUCGCUGAAGACCCCGUGUUCUACGACGCCACCAAAUACAUCAGCUGGACGGUUUUAAUGGGUUUGGGUGAUCCUCCAUCAGACUCGUUCUCCCCAUUAAUCAUCAUCAUCAUCACGGUUGGUCUGGUCACUCCGCUGGUGUUCAUCAUACUGGGCGGAGUCUUUGUUUGUGUCCGCAAGAGGACGUCCCAGUCAACAGCAUACGAGCCAAUCAACUGAGGCCACAUGGUACAAGCCCUGCCCACCCACGCACACACUGCCAAUCAGCGACGAGGCUGCUGACUCCUGAUUGGACAAUUAAAACGAACACACACACACAAGUUACUGAUGCCUUUUUGAUCGUUACAUAAUGAAUUUUUAUACUGAUUGGCUAUUGGAUCACAGGAUGAAUAUGCAAAUUAAUAUUGUUUUGUUUUUACAUCAUUUCUCAGACAUGCAAAUCAGAUAUCAGGCCAAUUUUAAAUCCUUUAAACUUGAUUUCCUCUUUGAUAUUGAAAUGAAUGCAAAUGUUUUGCUAAUUUAAUGACCAAGUGCACUUCUCAGGGAUUUAUUUUGUAAACAUUUCAUUUGCACCCUGUUUAUAAAGAAAACCACUCUAAAA